AUGGACUUCGCGGAGCAGGACGUCGACGUCUUCGGCGAGGAAUACGACGGCGCCGAAGCCGAGGCCGAGGGCGGAGGCGGCGCCUCCUCCGGCUCCUCCUCCCCCUCCUCAUCCUCCUCGUCCUCCGCCGCCGCCUCCUCCUCCUCCUCCAGCGCUGCCUCCAGCGGCCGCAGCAGCAGCCCCGCCGCCGGCGGCGGGGACGAGGACGGCGCCGACGACGGGGACGGCGGGGACGAGGACGGCGCCGACGACGGGGACGGCGGGGAGUACGACUCGUUCGACGUCGUGCCCGUCAGGCCCGCCGCCGGGUACGGGGACGACGAGGAGGAGGCGAGAGAUUUGUUCGGCUCCGACAACGAGGAGUACGUCAAGACCCCCGCGCGUAGCAACUACCUAGUUCCAGUGCUGCCCCCGAUACGGAACGCCAACAAUUUUUCUCGAGGAGGACGAGGUGGCAGGGGCCCACCUCUUCUUCCAAGGCCAGGAGGCCAUCCAGGAGGACGAAAUAAUUUUGGCCAUGGCGGGAGGUUUUCGUAUGGAAAUGGGCGUAAUUUUGAAGGUUUUGUUUCAGAAAUGAAACUUAAUAAGAGUGAAGAAACUUUAUCUAGGAAGGCUGUUGCUUUUCAGGAGCCAUGUGAGAUUGCAUGCUACAGCCGUGUUGAGGGUGGGGAUGUAUAUUUUGAUGAUCGCAGCUUGAGGCUUUUCAAACGUAAUAUUUGUGAUUAUGCUGGUGAAGAUCUCAAUAAAGGAUUUGAAACGUUUAUAGAGAAAAGAGAUUUGGGUUCUCAAGGAUUUGGCGACCUUCUUGCAUGCAUAAGAAAUUCAAAUCUACCUCUUCAGAAUAUACAUUUUGUGAUAUUGGCCACGGCUUAUCUAAAAGAACCAUGGAAGAUGGGUGUGCACAAAAGAAAUGGUGUUGUAUACCUUGAUGUCCAUAAACUCCCUGAAAGACCACAGAGUGAAAUUGACCGCAGGAGAUGUUUUUGGGGCUAUUCUUUUGAAAAUCUUGCCACUGAGAACUCCAUUGACGAAGACGGAAGCGGUAUUGAUGCUAAUGUAGAGUAUUGUUCUGUAAUAAAGACGAAAUUGGGCGCGCAUCGCAUUGUCAUGGGUGCUGAGAUGGACUGCUGUGAUUCAACCGACGAUGGUAGGCGGUUCUAUGUGGAGUUGAAAACAAGCAGAGAGCUGGAGUAUCAUACGGUGGAAAAAUUUGAGAAAGAGAAGUUACUUAGGUUUUGGAUUCAAUCAUUCCUUGCUGGCGUGUCGUAUGUUGUCGUGGGAUUCAGGAAUGAUGCUGGUGUACUUAUACGAACUGAGAGACUAAGAACUAAAGAUAUUACACAAAAAGUGAAAGCAAAGAACUACUGGCAGGGUGGUGUCUGCUUGGCCUUUGCUGACGAGGUUUUAUGCUGGCUGUAUGGCACUGUCAAAGAAAAUGAAGACUAUGUUCUGCAAUUUGCACACCCGUUCCAUCGAUUGGAACUAUUAAAAGCCCAGUCUCCAUGCCCCGAGGCAAUAACUCUGCAUGUGGAACAGCUCACCGGUGCAACAAACUAG